ACAAGUGCUACUUCUGAUACUUUUAGUAUAUAACGUUUACUGGUAACAGUAUUGCUAAUAGUGCUAGUAUUGCUACUUUUGCGCAAGUACAGGAUCUGAACACUUCUCCACAUGGACAGAUUAUGAGGCACAUACAGGUACAAGGUCUCCCCAACCUCUUACACAGAAGCAAAACACCAAGACUGACACAGACUUGUUUUGAUCCUUUUUAAGUUUUUUUUUUUUUUUUUACUUUUUUGAAUUUCUUCUUUUCUUCUUCCAUGUCAUUAUAGUCAUUUUUUGUCUCUUUGCGGUCACUUUGCAUCUCCUUGCAGUUGUUUAGCUUCUUUUGGUGGACGUUUUGUGCCUCUUUUAUGACAUUUUACAUCUUUAUAGUCAUUUUGGCAUCUCCUUGCAGUCCCUUGCUGUCACUUGGCAGAUGUUUUGUGCAUCUGUCUUUUUCUUAGAUAUUUUAAGAGCCAGAUCCAGGGGCCUUCUGACCCAUGGUUCCCUGGGCGUGUGCCCAGUUGGCCUCUUCAGUAAUGCCUCUGUGCUUUUCUACUGGUCCAUGUGUGAAGACAAGUAAACUGAAAGUCGGUGUACUGUAAGUUGGUUAAUGAAUGACCUCAUUAGCAUUGUCAUGUACAAAUACAGGGAUAGUGGAUAGCUCAAGAGCUUCUUGCUGAUAGCAAUGACCUGAGGAUUUCUGUGUGAGGGCAGAGGUCAUGCACAGCAGACCGCAGACAUGGACACAGUAUCUCCACAGUGUGUGGACAGUCAUCUGCUGGCUGUGGUUGAGGUUUGAGGCGACUGCUCCUUUAAGAAAACGGAACUGAACCUCGGCUUUGACGCGCUGAGGAUGUGGGCAGGAAACGCCAUGCAAGAGGGGAGAAGCGAUCACGCUUCCCAGCAGCGUUGCACAAUAUAGUGCGAUCAAAAUGUGCUUUAAUUCACCACGCUAAUGUCCGGGAGCGGCCAUUCUCCUCGGAUCUGUGCUCCGCGGCCCUUACGCAGCAGGCUAGGAGGAUUUGUCGGUGUGGGAUUAGACUCCUAUCCGAGCGAGAGGGCACCCUUCCCAGCCUGCUCCGUUUGAAAACAUCGGGGCUGGUCAGCGGGUGGGAGAGAGGAGGCUUCGUCGCCGAGAAAGGAGGUGUCUGCCUUUUCCCCCUCCAGCCAUGAGGGAGUACAAAGUGGUUGUUUUGGGCUCGGGCGGAGUCGGCAAAUCCGCGCUGACGGUCCAGUUCGUGACGGGCUCCUUCAUUGAGAAGUACGACCCCACGAUAGAGGAUUUCUACAGGAAGGAGAUCGAGGUGGACUCGUCCCCGUCGGUGCUGGAAAUCCUGGACACGGCGGGCACCGAGCAGUUCGCCUCCAUGCGAGACCUGUACAUCAAGAACGGGCAGGGCUUUAUUUUGGUUUACAGCCUGGUCAACCAGCAGAGCUUCCAGGACAUCAAGCCGAUGAGAGACCAGAUCAUCCGGGUGAAGAGGUACGAGAGGGUACCCAUGAUCCUGGUGGGGAACAAGGUGGACCUGGAGGGGGAGAGAGAGGUGUCUUCCGGGGAAGGCAAGGCGCUGGCCCAGGACUGGAGCUGCCCGUUUAUGGAAACUUCAGCCAAAAAUAAAGGAUCAGUCGACGAACUGUUUGCAGAAAUAGUCAGACAGAUGAACUAUUCAGCUGUUCCCAGUGGAGGCGACCAGUGCUGUUCAUGUGUCCUGCUCUAAAACAACAUAAAGAAACAGUGCAUCUGGGCUAAAUAUGAGCUUUUAACUUGUCCUGCAGGCUUUUUUUGUGCAAAAGUAUUCUCUUUGCUCACACUGUUGUCUUAUUGUUGCGCACAAACACGAAUCGACCACGACAACAAUCGAUAAUGUAUAAUAGUCUGGAAAAGUGUUUACAUGACAAGUACUUGAAUGUUUUCGGGAUUUUUUAAUAGCUUUGUAUAUGACACUUCUCUGAAAAUGUGCCUCAGUGGGAAUGUCUUAUUGUGAAACCUAAGAGACACGUGUUUUCUAGUUGCAUUUUUGUGGUUUUAUUUGUUGAGUUGUACUGUUACAUCUUAUGGGCUGGGUCCAUUUGUCUUGGAGAUUGGGGUGGGGUGGUGGGGCUUACCAUGCCAGAUCUCCAGGCAGUGAUUGGAUUGGUCACUUUUGGGGCCUUUUUUGGCCUGAAAGUAUUUCAGAUCUCUCAGAAAUCUAUCAGUCACCACUCAAGCCUUGCACCGGUUACUCAGAUCCAAUCUCAGUGUGACUCCCCAAGAGGUCAAGUGUGAUCCAAGAGGCACAGACCCACCCACUAAGAUGCUGUAUUUGACGCUGUGGACUGUGGUGGAGUUGUAUUACGCCUACAUAUUUUAGUUUUCCCCCCUUUUCUGGUCUGGUGAAAAUGGAUUUAUCACAGAACUUGCACUUAGCUGACGGUGUCCCUCCUCAAUGUGCACAAACAAGGACCUUAGUGCAUUGCUGUCGCUGCAUGGGGAACGCCAUGACCCCAUGUCAAGUGCCUUCCUAAGAAAACUCCUGUGACUGUGCCAACUGAUGAGCCCUACUUCCUCUGCAGUGUGUCUUGAUGGCAAUCAGAACUUUUUAGCUGUUUUCAGUGUGCGCUCUAGUUUCAUUUGGUGUCAAAGUCAAAAGCGCCUGUUCGUGUUUUACUGUAAGGAAGCCAAGCUUGUGACAGACCUGCUGUUUCAGGGUCAGGUUCCAGCUGCUUCUCAAGGUACUAGUCCAAUAAGAACAACAGAGUAACUUUAACCUAUACUGGGAUUUUGUUUCUGUGAAUGGCAAGCCAUCUCUGUCUGUAUUAUCUAGAUUUUUUUUUUCUUUUCUAAAAUGUGACAUUUUUGACUUACUAUAACUGUAAUUCUCCUUUUGGACAAAUCUUCUGCCCUCCACUUGUCUGUUUGAAAGACUUGUAAUACAGAAUGCAUUUUACCUAACACUGCGUGCUGUGAUUGACUGCUGGUGACGUCAAAGUGUUUUACUUUAGGGGCACUUACUGUGAGCAGCGUGUGUGCUGAAACAAUUAGAAAUGUUAUCAUAUAGUAAUAUAAAGCAAAAGUCCAAACUUUUUCUGGUUCCAGCUUCACCAAUGUGAGGAGUUGCUGUUUCACUCUUUUAUAUAUUAUAAAUGGAAUAUCUUUGGAUUUUGAACAGUUGGUCGGUCGACAACAAAUUUAAAUAUGUCGCUCUGGGAACUUGUGAUGCAUAUUUUUCAGUAUGUUUGGUUAUCUUACAGAUGAAUCAAUUGAUUAAAAAAACACUGAAA